CAGUUGUGGAUCAAAAUAAUAAAGGAAAAUUUCACAAAUAAACCCUUCAUGUGUUUGAAGUUGCACACUCUCGUGGGUAAUGUGUGUGAUGAAAUCUUGUGCCAUUCUGUGCUCAGGAAGUGAAUUCAGUUUUUACUGUGUAUACACUACACACCAUUAAUCAGUUAUUCUCUCUCUCUGGAAUAUCAGAUUGGCUGUCACCGUAUCACAGAGGUAGUGUUCUACUAAGUCAUGUAUUUGCCUAACAUCCUCAGAAUGUGAAAGUAGUAAUGCUGUUGAUUUGGAUGGUGCCAGAGAGAGGUUAUAAAAUGCUUCAUUUAAGUGGAAAGUGGAAGUUAUUAACUUAAUUGGGGAAGAUUAGUUGCUAAGAUCUACUGUAAAAGUGAUUCUUAUAUGUAAUACUUGAAAUGGUGAAGAAGAGAAAAGAAAUUUAUGCUGCCAAACUGAAGUUACAGCCACAGUGUGUGGUAUGCCCAAAGAAAAAUACGAGCCCCCUGACCCUCGGAGGAUGUACACAAUUAUGUCCUCUGAGGAAGCAGCAAAUGGAAAGAAGUCACAUUGGGCAGAGCUUGAAAUAAGUGGAAAAGUAAGAAGCUUAAGCUCAUCUUUGUGGUCAUUAACUCACUUGACAGCUUUGCAUCUUAGUGACAAUUUUCUGUCCCGCAUUCCUUCAGACAUUGCCAAGCUCCACAAUCUGGUGUAUCUGGACCUAUCUUGUAAUAAAAUCCGUAGUUUACCGGCAGAACUCGGAAACAUGGUUUCACUCAGGGAGCUCCGUUUAAAUGACAACCUGUUACGAGUUCUACCUUUUGAGCUUGGAAAACUGUUUCAGUUGCAGACUUUAUGCCUAAGAGGAAAUCCACUUACCCAGGAUAUAUUGAACCUCUCUCUGGAACCAGAUGGAACAAGAAGGCUACUGAACUAUUUGCUUGAUAAUUUGUCAGGUACUGCAAAAAGAAUUUCCACAGAACAGCCACCUCCAAGAUCUUGGAUUAUGUUACAAGAACCAGAUAGAACAAGGCCAACUGCCUUGUUUUCUGUCAUGUGCUAUAAUGUUCUUUGUGAUAAAUAUGCGACCCGGCAGCUAUAUGGCUACUGUCCAUCAUGGGCACUAAAUUGGGACUACAGGAAAAAGGCCAUUAUUCAAGAAAUCUUGAGCUGCAAUGCUGAUAUUAUAAGUCUUCAGGAGGUUGAAACAGAGCAGUAUUAUAGUUUUUUUCUGGUAGAACUAAAAGAACGUGGCUAUAAUGGAUUCUUUAGUCCAAAGUCUCGAGCUAGGACAAUGUCAGAACAAGAAAGAAAACAUGUGGAUGGCUGUGCAAUAUUCUUCAGGACUGAAAAAUUUACUUUGGUUCAGAAACACACUGUUGAAUUUAAUCAGCUAGCAAUGGCAAAUUCAGAGGGGUCUGAAGCUAUGCUGAACAGAGUCAUGACAAAAGAUAACAUUGGAGUUGCAGUACUGCUAGAACUUCGAAAGGAAUUGAUUGAAAUGUCAUCUGGAAAGCCACAUCUUGGAACAGAAAAACAACUUAUUCUUGUGGCUAAUGCUCAUAUGCAUUGGGACCCUGAAUACUCUGAUGUGAAGUUGGUACAAACUAUGAUGUUCCUCUCAGAAGUGAAGAAUAUUAUUGAUAAAGCCUCUCGAAGCCUCAAAUGUAGUGUAUUGGAUGAAUUUGGAACUAUUCCACUUGUGUUGUGUGCAGAUCUUAAUUCUUUGCCAGACUCUGGUGUUGUAGAAUAUUUGAGCACAGGUGGGGUAGAAACAAAUCACAAAGACUUUAAGGAACUGAGAUAUAAUGAAAGUCUCAUGAACUUCAGCUGUAACGGAAAGAAUGGAGUGAGCAAUGGAAGGAUCACCCACGGCUUCACAUUGAAGAGUGCCUACGAGAGUGGCCUGAUGCCGUACACGAAUUACACGUUUGACUUCAAGGGUAUAAUUGACUACAUCUUCUAUUCCAAACCUCAGCUGAACACUUUAGGCAUCCUGGGACCUCUAGACCACCACUGGCUGCUUGAGAACAAUAUCAGCGGCUGCCCGCACCCACUCAUCCCCUCUGACCACUUCUCACUUUUUGCACAACUGGAGCUCCUGCUGCCUUUCCUGCCCCAAGUUAAUGGCAUUCACCUUUCUGGCAGGAGGUAGUCAAGUACCUUCAGAGGACAACCUCAGUUUUACUUGUAAACUCAUGAAAAUCUGAAUACAGAGGGUGAGGUAUGGCUAGAGGUUUUUCUUAAUGGUGAUUUGAAUUUCCAGUUUGAUGGUUUGGUAAAAGGACAUAGUAUGAAAGCCAGGUGCUAGCAACAGACAAAUUCUGAGCCCAAUAUGCUUUAUAUACUGCUAGACAGGGAUUGGUGUGUUUGCACCUAUCUUUCAUUUGUUACAAGUAAUUUUCCUGUUUCUUGUAUCCAAUAUAAUAUUUUCAUGCCUUGAAAUAGGAAAAUGUUGGAACAGCAUAUUCUCUUUGCACAGAAAUCUGUAGCACUACUUUUUUGAGGCCAGUAGUAACAUCCAGAGACCAUUCUUCCAGACUUUGCACCCUUUUUCAGAUGAUUUGUAAAAGAUAGAAUUUGAAUUUAGCCUUUAUGAUUGUAUAUGAUCCACAGAAGAUCUGAUUUAUGAAAUUUUGUACUAAAAAAUAACAAAUUUGAAAACAGUUGUAUUGUAAACUAAGGCUAAAUUUUUUUACCCGUUUCUUGUGUUCUGAAGGCCAGCUUGUAAAAGAGUUGCAACAGACUUUCUCUGCAAUGAUUUGCACUGUUAGGGUUUUGUUAGCCCUUUUGUACUACUUUAUUUUUAAAUCGAGAACCUAGCUCUCUAAGUCUGCUUAAACCAUAGGACAUUUUCUUGGACCAGAGGCAACUUAAUUCAUGAAUUCCUGAAUUUUUAUGAAAACUAUAUCUACUAGGACAGAUAAGCUCAACAGUGAAUAAUUCAUAGGCAUUUAUGAACUGAAUGUGAUGGUUAAUGUAUGUACAUUCUGAUAUUUUUUAAUCUUUAACUUUUUUUAAGUUAAAAAAAUUACAGCUGCAUAGAUACAGCUUCUUAACUUCUUUUUUAGACACAUCUUGUCCUAUCUCCACUGUGCCUGCCUAAAUUUGUUCUCACCAAGCACUGCCUGUGCAUGCAGAGAAAAUCUGUGCAUCCUCUUUUAUAUUUUUAAAGUAUUGUUUAACAUUUGUGAGAAUUUUAUGAAAAUGCUUUUGUAUGGGCUGUGGCUUUUAUCCCAUUGUGAAGCAUUGAAUAUCCCAUUUUGGAAAAUGUUCACAGUGUGGGUCUUUGCUCACCUGACCGACGCAGUGCUUCUUGGUGUCAUUGCACAGUGCUGUUUGUCACCCAAAAUACUACUAUCAUGUGAAUUUCUUUUUUUUUUUUAGUUACCCAUGUAUUCUCUGUUAUCUUAGAUUUUCUUUUAAAAUCAUUCCUUUUUAAAGAAAAAGUAAUUUUCUGUUUAUGAAGCAGUAUAAAUUAGAUGCAUUUUCAAAACGGGUCCCUAAGACAUUUCUUCAGAUCAUUUUUAAAGUGACCAAGUCAUUGUCAGAUGUCAACCAAGAUAAAAGUUACAUUGUAUCCUGUGUUUUGCCCAUAGUGCCAUUAGUAGGCUAGAGAUUAGAGCCAGCUUUAACUUUGCAAAGUUAAUGUGUAUAUAUUUUGUUCUCAGUGUUCAUUCUUCUGAAAAAUCAAAUGAAUUCAGAGGGUGUUUGGUCUGCUUUUGUUUCAACUGCAGGCAGGGGAGCAAAAGGAUACCAUGUGAGCAUUAAGAAAAAAUUGUUCUUAACAAUUUUUAUACAGAGGAUGAGUCAUUUUGGAUGACUUAAAAUUUUAUGAAAAAUGUUAAGCACUAAAUGUGCUUAGUCUGCUUUUAAGAGAAAAUAAAAUUACAAUACUCUUUAAAUAAAUGAUUUUUUUUUCUUUCUUUCUUAAGAAAUUCUCCCAAAAGGUUUUCAUCCUGAAUCUUUGUCUUGGACCUGGUUUUUCCUUCAAGGUUUUUUUUUUUUAAUACAGAAUUUUGUUUUUUGUUUUUUUUGUUUUUUGUUUUUGUUUUUUUUGGCACUUUUUAAAUUGUGCCGACACCAAACACAUUUAGUUUAUAAUCAGUACAUUGCAAAGCUGGUAUUAUGGAUGUAGAACCAGUUCAUGAUUUUUUACGGUAUUUUUGUUUUAUUUUUUUUGUAAAGUGAGAAUAAAAGUGUGUUUACUCAUUUUUCCUAAACACUGUGUUGUAUGUGCAUCAUGGCAAUUUCCAGUGAGGGUGAACUGGAGCUGGUUGGACUGAUGGAGGGAGCUGCUCUUCAUGGGACCAGACUGGAAUCACAGGUCCAGAGAGCUUUGUGGAUGGGAGGGAGGAGCACUUACUUGUCCUGUGUUUGUUAAUGGGAGAUACAUUUUUCAUAGAUGCUGGAACGAGAGUGCACUUGUUAGAUGCUAAGGGUUUGAGCUUUACACAAAAUGUUCUCAUCUGUAUUUGUUAACGGUCUAGAAUGUAUUUGAAAUUUAGGGCCUAUACUAAGAUAUACCGGCCUGCUGUGUCUUGAGAGGACUUGUUUUUGCCUCUUCCAGGCACACUGCGUCUGUGAGUCAGUUUGAACGGCUUCUCCACCUUACGUAGUAGAUAGUGUAAAUUGAACCAACAGUGCAGAUUUACAACUGUAACCUUCAGAAGAAAAACAGAUAUUUUGAGUCUAUAGAGGAUAAAUGUUCACACCAAAACAGACUAUGAUACUUUCAUUAAGCAAGGGUUUAUGUUUUAGAUAUUUUCUGUGUCCUGAAUAAUUUCCAAUAAUCCUUACUCCCUAAAAUGCAAUAAAAACUAGUUUGUUUUCACAGCGUAGAUUAUUUUACAAAAACUCUGUAACAUGUAUUUAAUGUUUUGCCAUAAUGUAAUUUCAGUGUUCUUGCUGGAAAAAUCAUCUUUGGAAUGUUUUACAGAAAAUUUGGGAUUUGUUUUUUUGUUUUAAAGAUGAGAAAUUUGGAGGCACUCAAUUACUUGUUGUAAAUCUCUUGAAUACAUUUUACAAUAUUAGUGGUAAUUAUAUUUAUGCUUUGAGAAUUUAAAUAAUGUUCAUCAAAAUUAAUUUAUGGCAUAAUUUAAACUAAAGUUGUAGAAGUAAAUUGUUGAUUACAAUUUAAUAUUCCCAGAAGAUGGGCAAAGAACAUCUCCAAAAAAUGAGUUUUCAUUUGUAUUUUUGAUUGGGGGGCAACCAGGCGAACUUACUUUGGAUUAGCACUUUGAAACCUAAGGAUAUCAGUAAAUUGGAUAGCAUGCACUUCUGAAUGUUGAAAUUAUAGUUUCAAUGUCUUUCUAAGAUUGAGUUUUUUGAUGAUAACAUUCAAGUUUUAGAGUUCCACUUUUUUUGCUAUUCAAACUUACGGAAUUAGUUUUCGUUGUGACUUUUAAGGUUUGGGGGUCAUGUCAUACAGACGCCAACG